AUGCGAAGAAACAUCUUCCUGUUGAUUUUUUUCCUUUCAAUUUCUUUUGUUCAUUGUACUCGAACAAUAGUGAAUAAGACGUACUCUCUCACGACCAAUGUCCAACAUGUGCUCUCGCUGCUUGGUUUGGGCGCUGCCUCUGACCCAUAUGAUCUCCAAUAUUUGAAACGUUCCAUUGUUUCUGAAUUAUCGGAAAGACUCUCUCCGCAAGCAAACAUUAUCACAGAUGAGGAGGCCGAAUUUUCAAUUGUCAAUGCGCGAUAUACCGAUUACAAGAGGCCAGGUUAUAUCGUUGGGGUACAAGUUGCGGAAGAGAAUGAUGUGGUAGAAACUGUCAACUAUGCGCGCAUGCGAGGCAUACCUUUUCAGGCACGGACAGGUGGACACUCUCUUACAUCCUCCUUGAGGAGUAUUCAACAGGCCAUGGUUAUUGAUAUGCGAGGAUUGAAUAGCAUAAGCUACGAUAAGGCCAAGGAGCAGAUGACGGUAGGUGGUGGGGUAGUUACUGGGGCCUUCGCCAAUGCCACUUUCUCCCAAGGCAUGGAAGUUACUGUCGGAUCAUGUCCAUGUACAGGAGUUUUGGGGAUAUCUUUGGGUGCCGGCAUCGGAAGGCUGCAAGGAAAAUACGGCUACUUGAACGACAACCUGGUAUCGAUCCGAUUGUUACUUGCGAACGGAACCAUCAUCACAGCCUCGGAGUUCCAGAAUAAGGACAUCUUCUGGGCAGUGAGAGGCGCUGGCCACAAUUUCGGCAUCGGACUUGAAGCAACUUUUCAAGUACAUCCGCAACAGAACAAGGGUAUGCACUACAUAAUCGACUUCGAGUUUCAGCUAGACAAAGUCGAAAGCCUUUUUGAUCUCAUUAACGAAGUCGCUUCGCCGAUGCCCAAAGAGCUGGCAAUUUUCGUCAUUGAGCGCCUUGUGGCUAACAAUUAUUGGCAGCCUACAAUAAAUAUCAACAUUGUAUAUUCUGGGCCAUCAGAAGAAGCAAGGACAUACGUGGAUAGAUUCCAAGCCCUCAAUCCCGUUCACAGAGACGAGAAGGUAUCGGCGUGGGAUGCACUUCCUUGGGCCACUUACAAUGGUUUGAAUAACAUCCUCUGUACCCCACAAGGAUGGGCGAGGUUUCCAAUCAAGAAUUUUUAUGCGGCAAAUGUGAAAACCUACCACAUACCCACCAUGAGAAAGUUUUUCGAUGGAUGGCAAGAGAUGAACGAAAAGUACGAUGGACAGGCUAUGUUCAGCGUCAUGUUCGAGACAUUUCCGCAACAAGGUGUACGAGCCAAAUCCUCCGACGCAACAGCCUACCCAUGGAGAGACGGCUCAGAUCAUUUCUUAAUGAUGGAAGUAGGCUAUCGAGAUCACACUUACGCGGAUUUGUUUGAUGAAUGGCUGUCAAAUCAACAGGACAUGUGGAUCGAAAGUUCGGGCUAUGGGCGGUUGCAGCAGUACGUCAAUUAUGGCCAUGGCUCGAAGGACCCGCCGGAAUCUCUGUACGGCUAUGAGCCUUGGAGGUUGGCGAAAUUGAAGGCAUUGAAGGCGGAGCUUGAUCCGGAAGGCAGGUUCAAUGGAUACCAGCCAUUCGUUUCUGAUGAAAAGUGA